AACCACUACAAAACACCACAUCUUCUUUCCAAUUGCUCAGUAAUCCUCCUCUUUCAUAUUCGUCAAAGUAAACAUUUCAAGACUACAAAAACUAUACACUCAAUCGAUAACAAAAGCCAAACGCCAAAUACCACCACCGAAAAUGUCUUCCUCCAACACCAACCCUUCUUCUUCUUCCAGCAACAACCCCAACGAGUCCCAGCCUAGCAUGAUCGCCGGACACGCCGAGUACAUCAAAGGCGCAGCUGAGGCCGCCAUCGGCAACAUCACCGGCUCCCACGCCUGGACCACUACAGGCGAGCAAGACAAGGCGCACGCCAAGGCCUCUCUACGAGCGGCGUCUGAAGGCCGCGACCCGGCCACGUCGGGGUACGGAUCGGUCGAGGAGACGGCGGGCAAGUUGACGGGCUGCGAGUGGAUGAAGAAGGAGGGGGCGGCUAGUAAGAGCCAUCAGGAGUAAAAGCCAGGGACUAACUAAGUCUUUGGAUGGAUGCAUGGAUGUCUUUUUGGCUCUGGUUCGAGGAAGUCCUGGAAGGAUGAAAGUCAAGAAGCUUUAAUGACGAUAUGACAUGAUUGAUGGAUGGUACGAUAUGGGCUGUAAUAAUAGAAGGAAGAGGGAGGGAUGGGGUGUACGAUAUGAAGAGGUUGAGUAUGAUACCUAGGUUACCUUUUGGAAAGGGGUUGAAUGAUGAUUAAAGUUAUACAAGUUACAUCGCAGCUCUGAG